AUGGCCUCCAACGUCGCCAGGUCCGGCAUCACCACCGAUGCCCAGACCGGCGAACGAUACAUUCCCUCGUCAGUCCGUGCCGACGGUUCUAAACGCAAGGAGAUCCGCGUGCGCCCCGGCUACAAGCCCCCUGAGGAUGUCGAACUAUACAAAAACCGGGCAGCGGCAGCAUGGAAAACCCGCGGAAAAGGCGGGGUGCCGGGAGCGGAAGCAUUGAGCAGCGAAGACGACAAGACCAGGACCGCAGCGAAACCCACAGUUGCCGCCGCCACUGCCGCCAGCAACAAGAACGCUAAACGCCGCGAGGCCAAGCGGAAUGCGAAGGAAACCGACGAAGCCGGGCCCACCGCCGAGGGCAAGGGCGCGGAGUCGAACAACUGGCGUGUCCCCGCACCCGCACCUAAGGAAGACAAGCCUGCUGAAGAGCCGAUUGAUCUCGAAGCCGAGAAGGAGAAGAAAGCUCGCAGUCUGAAGAAGAAACUACGCCAGGCGCGAGAUCUUCGCGAUAAGAAGCAGCUGGGAGAGGCGCUGUUGCCCGAGCAGUUGGAGAAAGUCAUCAAAAUUCAAGAACUUGUCCGGCAGCUGGAUGUAUUGGGCUUUGAUUCCAAUGGUGACAAGAAGAUUGGUGACAGCAAUGGGAAUGCCUGA